AUCAAUUUUUUUUGUGCAACCGAUCGCCAUAAACAAACGAACAGACGACUGGGAGCCGAUUACUUCCAUUUCGCUCGAAGCAGUGAAGGUUCUCGUUCAGCGGUGUUUCUUUCCAAUAUACAUUUUCAUUUCUUUCUCGCACAAAAAGAUGUCGGAGAAUAGCUUCAACUCAAAGUAUUUGGACGAUGACGAUGAGGACGAUGCGAUUGCUGCCUCUGAGGGCAAAGUUUCGAGCCAGGUGGCCAAGCGCAUCUGGCAGCCAACCAUCGAUGAUACUACCCCUGGGGUCUGGGAGCCGCCCGAGAAGCCCCUGCCCCACGUGGAGGAGGAUGCUCCGAUGAGUGCCGAGGCCCUGGCGGAGGCUCUAGCGGUGAGCGAGACCGCCUCGGACUUUAUACACGAAGUGGAGCGCUCUCUCUACGGCGACAACAGCAAGGAGAACGGCUCCGCCCAGUACUUCAAGGCGGCCGAGAAUUAUUCGCUGUUUGGCGCCAACUACAUGGGCUUGGAGGAGGACAAGAACAAAAAACCGCCGCCGGGCUUCGACCAAAGCUCCAGUCAGAUUGCGGCUGGAUCGGCCGGAGUAUCCGGCCAAAGCUACUCGGGGUAA